AUGGCGUGCCCUCUUGUACCGCUCGCAGAGAUCCCGACUAUUGCCCUUCUAUACAAACUCAGGCACCUGCUUCCAGCCUCAUCCCCUCGCGUGCAGCCCUCGAAGGCCUUUAACGACACCAUCUCUCUGAUCCGCAGCGACAUCACGAAACUGCAAGUCGACUGCAUCGUCAAUGCAGCCAACAAGUCUCUUCUUGGAGGUGGUGGCGUCGACGGUGCCAUCCACCGUGCCGCCGGGCCCGAAUUGCUCCAAGAGUGCGAGGCCCUCGAUGGCUGCGACACUGGCGACGCCAAGAUAACCUCUGCACACGACCUUCCGUGCAAAAAGAUCAUCCACGCCGUUGGACCUAUCUAUGGCCUUGAACUGCGAAGGGGUCGGAAACGCCCGGAAUCGUUGCUGCGUAGCUGCUACCGGCGGAGUCUGGAGUUGGCCGUGGAGAACAAUAUGAAAAGCAUUGCGUUUUCGGCAAUCAGCACUGGCGUGUAUGGAUAUCCAAGUGAGGCUGCCGCUCGGGCUGUCCUCGAUGAGACACGGAAGUUUAUGGAGCAGCCGGACAACAUUGGGAAAUUUGAGCGCAUCAUUUUCUGCAACUUUGAGCACAAGGAUGAGGUAGCCUAUGAGGAGAUUACUCCCUUGUUCUUCCCACCAGAAGAUCAGGUCCCCAGUGCCAGCAGCGACCUCGGACCCCAAUCAGAAUCUGACGGUGAGUCUUCGAAAUCGGCAGAGAUACUCGCAGCCAAGCUUCCUGACCCGCCAACCGUGGACCCUGCCUUGGACGGACAACCGGAAACUAAGAAGCAGAAGGUUAAUACGGGCCAUACCGACCAGAGCAGUAAAAGCUACUUCGAAGAUUUUUCUAUCAAAUCCGACGAUGACUGGGAGGAGGUUGACGGAUCGGAAGACGGCCGCACCGAGAAGCUUGAUGAUGAGCCGGUGCAAGUCGAUAGUCCGUCUUCUGAGAAUGACGUGCAGAGCGUUCAGUCAGUUCAGUCCAGUGGGAUUAUUGAGAUGGAUGGAUCGCAUAUGUCGGACAGUCUUCUAGCAAAAGAUUGGUAG